AUGGCGUCAAAGCUCUGCGAUUCGUGCAAAUCAGCGACGGCGGCGUUAUACUGCCGACCAGACGCAGCGUUUCUAUGCUUAAGCUGCGAUUCAAAAGUCCACGCGGCGAACAAACUCGCGUCACGACACGCGCGCGUGUGGAUGUGUGAAGUGUGCGAGCAAGCACCGGCACACGUCACGUGCAAAGCAGACGCGGCCGCGUUAUGCGUCACGUGCGACCGUGAUAUCCACUCGGCUAAUCCGUUAGCUCGCCGUCACGAACGCGUUCCCGUUACUCCGUUUUACGAUUCCGUCUCUAGUGACGGUUCCGUUAAACACACCGCCGUUAAUUUCCUUGACGACUGUUACUUCUCCGAUAUAGAUGGUAACGGAAGCCGUGAAGAAGAGGAGGAAGAAGCUGCUUCGUGGCUGUUACUUCCCAAUCCAAAGACUACAACGACGGCGACGGCGGGGAUCGUUGCUGUUACUUCAGCUGAGGAAGUUCCGGGAGAUAGUCCGGAGAUGAACACUGGUCAACAGUAUUUGUUCUCGGAUCCGGAUCCGUAUCUGGAUCUGGAUUAUGGAAAUGUUGAUCCGAAGGUGGAAUCGUUAGAGCAGAAUAGCUCCGGUACUGAUGGUGUUGUUCCGGUGGAGAAUCGGACGGUUAGGAUUCCGACGGUGAACGAGAAUUGCUUUGAAAUGGAUUUUACCGGAGGAUCUAAAGGCUUUACUUAUGGUGGUGGUUACAAUUGCAUCAGUCACAGCGUGUCAUCAUCGUCGAUGGAAGUGGGAGUGGUGCCAGAUGGUGGUUCGGUGGCUGAUGUAUCGUAUCCUUACGGUGGUCCUGCAACCAGUGGAGCUGAUCCGGGGACACAGCGGGCUGUUCCGCUGACUUCAGCUGAGAGAGAAGCGAGGGUAAUGAGGUACAGAGAGAAGAGGAAGAACAGGAAGUUUGAGAAGACUAUAAGGUAUGCUUCAAGGAAAGCGUAUGCGGAAAUGAGACCGAGAAUCAAGGGACGGUUUGCGAAGCGGACGGAUACAAAUGAGAGCAAUGAUGUGGUUGGUCAUGGUGGUAUCUUUAGUGGGUUCGGACUUGUACCUACAUUUUAG